UCUAGUGUCUAGUGUYGGAUGAUUUUAACUUUAUGUAUUUUUUAAACUCUGUGUUGUGAAUGAUUUUUUGUAGAUUAGUCAUUACCAUAGCCGCUUCCCUUUUUGAAGAUUGCAUUAAACGUUAGGACACCUGUCGAACAAAACGGUUGGAUUUGAUUAAUAAAAGUAGCAGAUUUCUGUAGUUGACUCAAUGAACGAUUCAACAGAGGAAUGUUCUCCAUUUAAAGACAGAAAGAAAAAAACUCACAUGUCGCUCAAUGAUAAAAAACGUUUAGCUCGGGAAAAAGCUGAGCAGUAUAAUAGUAAUGGCAGGCCUUUACGCCAAUAUCAUAUGUUAACUGCUGAAGAGGUGAAACAGGGGAAAGAAACUCAUUGGGAAGAAUUGGAAAUCAUUGGUUGUGUAAAAAACAUAAGUCCUUCUUUAUGGAAUUUGACGACAUUAACAGGACUUUACCUGAAUGACAAUCAAUUAACACGUUUACCGCCAGAUAUAUCAAUGCUUGUUAACUUGCAAUAUCUGGAUUUGUCUGGAAAUAAAUUACGCAGUUUACCUGCUGAACUUGGUGAAUUAGUAUACCUCAGAGAGUUACAUUUGGGUUAUAAUAUGUUAAGAUCACUACCACAUGAGUUGGGGCGUUUAUUUCAAUUGCAAGUAUUAAGUUUAGCUGGUAAUCCUCUGUGUCAAGAAGUAAUGAAGUUGUAUAGUGAACCAAAUGGCACACAUAGAUUGCUCAUGUACCUUUUAGAUAGCUUACAAGGUAAGAUAAUAUAUUUCAUUAGUAGUAUUCACUAUUCAUUGCAAAUUAGUUAG